GAGAGAAUGUAAACAAAUACGGACCUGCUGACGGCACAACAGCUGAUCGGGGCGAGGCUCAAUGCGUUAUGUCAGCUUCAGUCCUGCUGGUUCUUGGUGACACUCCCAUCAUCUGAGGAGAGUGACUCAGUACACACGUUAAGAGAGAGUCACACUCAGAGGAAGGAUGUCAGAGGAGGAGGUGGAAGGCUUCAGCGUGCUGGCCAAGGCCCUCGCUGACCAAGGAGUGCAGUACAUAUUUGGGAUAGUAGGCAUUCCAGUCAUGGAGGUGGCCACGGCUGCCCAGCAGGCUGGGAUCAAAUACAUUGGGAUGCGCAAUGAACAGGCUGCUUGCUAUGCUGCACAGGCCAUUGGGUACCUCACAGGGCGGCCUGGGGUGUGCCUGGCAGUGUCCGGCCCGGGGGUCCUGCACACCAUUGGGGGCCUGGCCAACGCCCAGAGCAACUGCUGGCCGGUGCUGCUGAUCGGCGGCGCCAGUGACCAGGACCAGGAUGGGAUGGGGGCCUUCCAGGAGUGUCCACAGGUUGAGGCGUGCCGUCCUUACUGCAAGUACUCCGCUCGGCCCCCAAGCAUCGAGCUGAUCCCUUACCAUGUAGCCAAGGCCGUCAAGAGCGCCACCCACGGCCGGCCGGGGGCAGCCUACCUGGACCUGCCCGGGAACCUGCUGUCUGGCACGGUGGAGGAGGCCUUGGUGCAGCCCUUCCCCAGGUGCCCUCCUCCCCCAGCCUCUCUUGCCUCCCCAAAGGCUGUCUCUGAGGCGGUGGCACUCCUUGGCCGAGCCCAGCGGCCCCUGGUCAUUGUGGGCAAGGGUGCAGCGUAUGGCCGGGCCGAGGAGCAAGUGAAGCUCUUUAUUCAGAAAACCGGUCUGCCUUUCUUGCCAACACCAAUGGGGAAGGGUGUGCUGCCUGAUGACCACCCGCAGUGUGUGGCGCCGGCUCGCUCCCGUGCCCUGCUGCAGGCUGACGUGGUGCUGCUCCUCGGGGCCAGACUCAAUUGGAUCCUCCACUUUGGCCGCCCGCCGCGCUAUGCUCCCAAUGCCAAGUUCAUACAGGUGGAUCUGUGUGCAGAAGAGUUCCACAACAGUGUGCAGGGAAGUGUGAGUCUGCUGGGUGACGUGAAGGAGGUCUGUGGCCAGCUGAUGGAGGCCUCACCGGGCAUCCUCCACCCCUCCCCCUCCCCAUGGUGGGACAGCCUCAGGGAGAAGAUGCAGGCAGACACUGCCACCAACAACAACAUGAGUCUUGAUACAUCGGUGCCCCUGAAUUACUACGCAGUGUUCCACCACCUGCACCAGCUGCUGCCAGAGGACUGCAUCAUCGUCAGCGAGGGAGCCAACACCAUGGACAUUGGAAGAACACUAUUGCUCAACAAGCACCCCCGGCACAGACUGGAUGCCGGGACCUUUGGCACCAUGGGCGUGGGUCUUGGGUAUGCCAUCGCCGCCGCACUCUGGGCCCAGGACAACGCGCCGGGGAAGCGGGUCGUGUGUGUGGAGGGAGACUCGGCCUUUGGCUUCAGCGGCAUGGAGCUGGAGACCAUCUACCGCUACAACCUCCCCAUCAUCAUCGUCAUCGUCAACAACAAUGGUAUAUACGGUGGACUGACAGAGGAGCUGUUUGCCGACAUCCGUGAGGGGACAGACCCUGCUCUCUCCACACCUCCCACCUCGCUGCUGCCCCAGGCCCACUAUGAGCGCAUGGCUUCUGUGUUUGGUGGCAGUGGUCACUUCUGCAGCACCAUUCCACAGAUGCAGAAGGCAGUUGGCCAAGCUCUUAAGAAUGACAAGCCCUCACUCAUCAAUGUCAUGAUCAACCCAAUGGCACAACGCAAAGCUCAAGAUUUUGAUUGGCUGACGCGCUCCAAGCUAUAGACACUCAUGUAUAUUUUUGUUCAUUAUUAGGGUGUUCAGUGUAGCCGAGUGGGGCUUAUACCGUGUGUUUCAAGAAAUAGACUCCUAUGGACAGUUCGUCAAGUAUUCAGGGAAGUAGUUGCCAAUAUUAUGUUUGAAGAUUAUUUGACAUUUGAAGAUUAUAUUAUGUUUGAAGACUUCUCAUAUGCCCUUUUUCUACUUCUUGAAAUACAAUGGAAUAGAGAUACUUUAUAAAACACAUGGUCUUAGAAAUACUAGAACUUGCAAUGGUGAAUUGAUACACAAAAUACAUAUACAUAUGCAUAUUUUAUUGUACGUACUUUUCAAAAUAUAAAUGUGGAAUAUCCUUAUAAAUAAACAACAAAGAAAAAUGA